AUGGAUUCGAGUUGCUACAUCCCUCAACUUCAGCUGGGUGAAUUUUUGGCAGCGUUACAAGAUAGAAGCAUGGGUAUGCCAAAUCCAUACGGCCCUAUGCCUCUGGACUUCGGUGGUAUGUCAGGCUUGCCGGAGGUUGUUGAGGGCUCGAGGGACACCGGCAAGUUGUCGAAAGAUGCGGUGAUAUCAGCACACAAAGCGGUAAAGCAACGCAUUGCUGAGCUUGAAAGAAAGACCAUUGUAUAUGAGCAGCAGAACAUGGAUGUCAUUGCUCAUCAGCUAAACCUCGCUAUACAAAACGCACAACAAUUCUAUGACAGACGGAUGACAGACAUGAAGGGAUAUUUCGAGGCAAAGUUGGCAGAAGCUUGA